AUGAAUGGGAGGUCAUGCAGUAUGAGCCAUCGGACAACAGGUAUUCCUCAUGGACCUAGGAUGAUCAGUGGACAGCAGAUCCCACCUACCAGAGUGCACGCAGGAACGCCCUGCCCAUCUUCAAAUAGCAGCACCCCAAGCCCAGCUAUUGGAAACUUGUCUUCCAGCCUACACAUAAAGAUGCCCCUUGGAGGAGGGGUAGCUCCUCAGAGCAACAUCAUUGACAGUACUAUACACCUUCCUGCUCUAAGUCCCAGGAAACAAGUGGUUACAAAUGGGAAGCCUUUAUUACAAGUCCCACAGCCCCCAGGACUGCCAGCCCCACAGUCUUUAAAGCCAAAACAGCAAGAAUUUGGAAGUACUUUCUCCCCAUGCACAGGUGAAGGAGGUCUUGGUUAUGGACCCCAGUGCAAGUCCAUUGGAAAAGGCAGCUGCAACAAUGUAAUAGUCAACAGCAGUCCCAUGACACUUCAACAGCUGGGACCUGUUUCACCUCCUGCUAAUCAGAUUUCAACAUCAUGCAACCAGAUCAGCCCUAGCUUACAGAGAUCUAUGGAUGCUUCCAGCCUGAGUGCUUCUCCAUCAGAUACAAGGUCGCUCUUGUCACGUGAGUCUCUGGCCUCUACGACAUUAAGCUUGUCAGAAAGUCAGUCCACUUUGAGUGUUAAGCAAGAGUGGUCGCAUGGGUACAGGACAUUUCCUUCUGUUCCUCCUGACCAAGGUUUACAAAACGGCAGUGAGCUGGGGGACUUACUAAAUUUUUCACCUGAAACAUCUGUGUCCAGUAACUGUGUCUCUAACUCGUUACCGUCCUACUUAUAUGGCAUGGAAAAUAAGCAUUCCCCUUACUCUAGUCCUCGCCACUCCUCAGCCCGGUCUCAAUCAGCCCGCUCCAAAAAGAGAGCACUCUCUCUGUCUCCUCUGUCUGACGGCAUUGGGAUCGACUUCAAUACAAUCAUCCGUACAUCCCCAACCUCCCUGGUGGCCUACAUCAACAGCUCCAGGACAUCACCAGCAAACGUCUCCCCACAGCCUGAGGUCUAUGGACAUUUUUUGGGAGUGAGAGGAAGCUGUAUACCCCAAAGUUGCUCUAUUCCAACUGCCCAGAAAGGCCUUCUCAUGGCUAACGGCAAUGUCACCUUCCCAGGGUACGUUGAGAAUGGGGCUGGUGAGUACCAGCGGAUGCAGCAGUUGGAGCAAGCCAGCUUGCAGAUGGCCGCCACAAGUAACAUGGUGAUCCAGCAGGGCAUGCCACCUGCGGACAACCAGGCAGUGGGCAUCCUGAAAAAUGAACGGCUGGAUUACUUCUCAGGCCAUACAGUCGACAUGCCUCCUCCACCCCUGCUGCCGGCGCCUCCUCCACAAGGGCCACCCCCACCAUACCAUGCUCACCAGCACCGGCAUCCACACAGCCUCCCCAGUCACAUUCACCCGCUGCCUGUGCCGCCUCCUGCCCCAGACUCCCUGUUUGACGAAGAUGGUGAGCUAGAUGAUUUCAAUGGCAAGCAUGGCUGUCGCUGGGUUGACUGUGGUGCACUGUAUGACCAGCAAGAGGAACUUGUGCGGCACAUAGAGAAGAUACAUAUAGACCAGAGGAAAGGAGAGGACUUCACUUGCUUCUGGGCAGGGUGCCCACGAAGGUACAAGCCAUUUAAUGCCCGUUAUAAACUGCUGAUUCACAUGAGAGUCCACUCAGGAGAGAAGCCGAACAAAUGCACAUUUGAGGGUUGCAAGAAAGCCUUUUCCAGACUAGAAAAUCUCAAGAUUCACUUAAGGAGCCAUACGGGUGAAAAGCCGUACCUUUGUCAGCACACUGGCUGCCAGAAAGCAUUCAGCAACUCCAGUGACCGCGCCAAGCACCAGAGGACACACUUGGACACUAAACCUUAUGCAUGUCAGAUUCCGGGAUGUACUAAACGAUACACAGAUCCAAGUUCCCUGAGAAAGCAUGUGAAAGCCCAUUCCUCCAAAGACCAACAAGUCAGGAAAAAGUUGCGAUCUAGCUCAGAGCUUGGCCAGGACAUCCUGAAUGACUGCCUCACAAUCCAGCCCCUCCAGCCAGCCCCGUCACCGCAUGAUGCUGCAGAUAAUACCAUGGGACACUCCCCAGGGCCUGCUAAUGAUAUUUACCCAGCGGCCCUGUUCCCCAGCACACAGACAAGUCGAAGUGGAACAGCAGCUGGGGCAGCGUCCUUGUCCCACCCCAGCAGCCACUCCUCCCCAGGACGUAACGUACAGGGUAGUCCUCUCCAUCCUCCCCCCCAGUUACCUCUUCUCUCAGCUGCGGAAUCAGAGAGGUUUGUCGGUCCAGCUCUUUCUCCUCACCACAUCAGCCCCCAGAGAAUUUCAGUUCCGCAUCACAUGAUGCAGAGACGGACUCCACAAUCUCCCCACCUUCAGCAGCCUGCAGGAAUGCCUCUAAAGACAUACCAGCCAGCAGCAAACCCUUCUUUUCAACCAAAUAGUCUGCACAUCCAAGGUUUCUAUGGGCAGCUUCAGACUUUCUGCCCUCCACAUUAUGCUGACACUCAGAAGAACAUACAACAUGGUGUUUCUUGCAAUAUGGUUCCUCCUUUUGAAGACUGCUUAGUUCCCACAUCAGCGGGCCAGGCAGGGCUUGGCAUUUUCCAUCGAACUUUUUCAGCUCAUUCUGGUAUUACAGUUUAUGACUUUCCAGCAGGAUCCACAGGUAUCUUUGGUGAUUCAGCUCGCAGCAUGCCAGAGGAUAGCAGUUUCCUACAAGUAAAUGCAGUGGAUCGUUGUUCUAGCCAGCUUUCUUCUGUCUACACUGAAGGCUAA